AUGGACGUUUGUCACGCACCACAAUACUUACCUGACCUAGUGUUGGAUAUAAUAUUUUCAAACUUGGAACUGCCCGACUUGUUUAGCUGCAUGUUGGUCUGUCAAAAUUGGUAUCGUGUAAUUAACGAUGGCAGAGCAGAGCCAUGGAAAUUGAUGUGUCGCCGUAAGAUACCCAAAGAGCUACUUAAGUCUGAACUUUUGUCACAACUCCACAACCAUAAGGCUAAGUUACGCGCCUUAUAUCAUUCAUGGAAUCCAGAUGAUUGUUCCAUGCAUAUUGUCGUCAAACAAAAUGGUUUCACAUUGCAUCGCAAUCCAGUCGCCCAAAGUACAGAUAUGGCAAGAACUAAAAUUGGUUAUAACAGUGGUAAACACGUAUGGGAAAUUACAUGGACUGGACCACUAGGUACAGUUGCAAUGGUUGGAGUGUCAACAAAAGAGGCUCCAGUGCAUU